CGCGAGCGAAAAACGCCCCCCCUCCCUUCGCUAUCGCGGCACGAGCUUCUCCGCAACAGUCCGGCCCGGUGUCGCAGGAGCCGUUAUUACCACCUGUUAGCAGACAAUAGUGACACUGACAGCUGCUCCGCGGCCGGGCACAGAGCCGUCCUGGAGAAGGAGAAGCAUUUUCUUUGAAUAAGAAGUCCUCCUCAAAAUAAUCUCAAACCAUACAAUGGCCUCAGCUGUAAUCAGUUCAGUUCCCACCACUGCAUCUCGCUUUGCUCUAUUACAAGUGGAUAGUGGUAGUGGUUCUGAUUCAGAGACUGGAAAGGGAAGAAGUGGUCGAGGUGCUGGGAAGUCUCAAGCUUCAGGGGGAAAAUCAACUACAAAUGAAAAGAAGAAAGAAAAGAGGAGAAAAAAGAAGGAACAGCAGCAGAGCGAGGCUAAUGAGCUCCGAAAUCUUGCUUUUAAAAAGAUUCCUCAGAAAUCCUUGCAUGGAGGCUGUCUGUCUCAACAUGAACAAACAUUGCACAAUCCAAUGCAGAAGGACUCUCAGGAAGAAAAUUGGCAAGAAUGGAGACAAAGAGAUGAACAGCUGACAUCAGAAAUGUUUGAAGCAGAUCUUGAAAAAGCAUUACUGCUAAGCAAACUGGAAUAUGAAGAGCAUAAAAAGGACUAUGAAAAUGCUGAAAAUUCUUCACCUCCAUCAAAGUCAGUGAAUAAGAAAGAGAAAAGAAAGAACCAACAGGGAAAAGACAAACCUCUCACAGUGUCUCUGAAAGACUUUCAGUCGGAUAUAGAUCACCUUGCAAAAAAGCAUGAGGAACUGAGCUCUUCACAGAUUUUAUUGCAUGAUGGAGGAUUCUUCAAUAGACUGGAAGAUGAUGUUCAUAAAAUACUUACUAGGGAAAAAAGGAGAGACCAGCUCACAGAUUACAAUGGAGUGGAUAAUUGCACAUCUCAUGAACCUAGUCAGGACAUUGUUUUGAAAGACGGAAAAACAGAACGAUUAAAGCUGGAACUUGAACAAAAAGAUGCAGAAAUUCAUCAACUGAAAAGCAUCAUCGUUCAAUGGGAGGGGAAGUAUAAAGAAGUAAAAGCAAGAAAUGCACAGCUGUUGAAAAUGCUACAGGAAGGUGAAAUGAAAGACAAAGCAGAAAUACUUCUACAGGUUGAUGAAUCUCAAAGUAUCAAGAAUGAGUUGACCUUACAGGUGACUACACUUCAUGCUGCAUUAGAACAAGAAAGAUCUAAAGUGAAACUAUUACAGGCAGAACUAACAAAAUAUCAGGGUGGGAGAAAAGGGAAGAGAAACUCAGAAUCUGACCAGUGCAGGUGAUUACACUUGCCAUGGAGUUGAAAGCAGAAAUGUCAAAUCUCUUUCUUCAGGGUUUUGCAGAAAUGUAUAUAUUUGUUGUACACUGCAAAGCUAUGCAGUUUUUUGAAAGAAGCUAACAGUUACUAGUUUGACACUCUAAAUAGUUAAUUUGUUGCGUUUUCUGUUAGUUUAAAGAAAAAAGUAGAGAACUAUUCUAGCAGAGUUAAGACAUUAAUGUUGUUGUUAAUGCCAUAAUUAGUUUUCCAUCAAUCAAUAAAAUUUACUCUUUCAUUUGCAUAUCUAAAUUCUUUCUUUUUAGAAUAGGUUGCACCAUUACAUCUAUUUUAAAGGUUGCUCUUUCUAUGAUCUCUAAAAUUGACAUGCUUAGUUGGAUUUUUUUUAAUUAGAUGUGUGUUAGAAGGGUACAAAAUAGGAUUAGUGACCCAAACUGGGAGUUGUUUGAGCCAUGAUUCUGAGAGAGAUACGCUCCAGAAAAUAGAGGUCUUUAAAAAGGUUUCUUGAUGGGGUUUUUGCCCAAGCUUAGUGAUCAAAUGAUUGAUGAGUUAUUGAUAAAAAUAGUCUGUCAAGUUUUAUCCAACAGACUUACUGAAUUUUUUGGGGAACCAGAAUGGUAUUCAAGAAAAUAUAUAGUUUUACACAAUGUGUGCCCCGAUACAGAUAGACUAGAGAGUUUCCAUUCCUACUAUUUUAUCUGCUUUCAAGCUCUAUUCUUGUAAGUUCUCUAACCUCUGAACAGCUAAUCCAAUUUCUUUGUAAUUUGUUGUGCCUCACAGGAGCUCAGAGAUAGCAUUCCUGAUCCAAAAUAAGGAUCAUUCAGCUGAGGGCUUCUCCAGUUACAGUCCCACUUGAUUUUCUUCUGCUGUCCUUGGUUGUGUAAAACUGAGUUAGAGGUACUAAUGACUGGUGGCUAGUCUAUACUGCCCUACAGUUCAGAGUACAGGAGUAUGAAUAGCAGUGUGCACGGAAUUGCUGUGUUCUAACUUCCCCAUAUGGAUGCUGUUGGCAUGAAUUAAAAGAUUCCGAGUUUGUA